AUGACGUUAUUCGUCCCCACGAUGAUCUUAUUGCCCUUUGUCUUGCUUUCAACGUGUGCUGCUCAUUCGCCUGCCUCACUCGCCCACCAUAACCUGCACAAGCGUAUGGCUGGUGAUAUGAUGGAGAAUGUCUUCUCGCCACCGUCUGUCACCCGAACGUUCUCUUACGCUGACAACUUUAAAAAACAAACAUUUCGCCACUUACCACCUCCAGACAAGCUAUCUGAAAGGCAGAUGAAAACUGUGAUUCCAGAAUUUUUCAACAAGAAUUGUUUCAAAAAUUGCCUGAAGGACGAUCGCGCUGGGGCCGAACAACCCAUCACAGAACCGACGACCCGUAAUCUGAUCAGCAUCCAACAACUCAUUUUCGUCGAGAUGAAUCCGCUUAGGCCCGACCACGUUAUCUUGCAAAACAAUAAGCGGAUCGACAAAGCACUCGGAUCCGCUCGCACGACGGGGAACGGUAACCCCCUUGCCGAAUUGGCUGACAAAUUGGCCAGCUUCAACCAGCGUGACCUCCAGGCUUCCCGGAGUGCCAUCCGCUCACACGAGGAUCAGCUUGUAGCAUCUUUGGCAGAUGUAUAUGGAUUCUUGGGACCCGAAAAUAUCUUCGCACCCCACUUACUCUUGAUCCUUGGCCGUAAAAGAAUCGCGGAUACGCUGCCAAAAAAAAUUGAACCGAAAACGUUUCUGAAGGGACUCCAAUUUGUACAGACGGGCCUCGCGGAGCUGGCCAAUGAGGAGCCGCUUUACAACAUCCACUUCGUAAAGCAAUUUGCAAAAGAACAAGUUGAAAUGUUUGGAGAUUCCGGUACCUUCAACGCAUUCAUGUCGGAAAUUGCGCGAUCGGAGCCUUACCAAGCUUUCCAAAUGGAAUUGCAAUCCCCCCAGGACACAGCGGGUUACCAACUUCAGUUGAUACAACUACCAAGAGCCGCGCAGAAAUGGCAAAAUGCCCUCCAACUUCCUGGUGAUAAUGCUUCUAGAAUAAACCUUCAAGAUUGGGCCCUAGAAAACACUAAAAGGCGUUUAGUGCUUGCGUCCAGAGCCUGGGAACUCACCGAAAAUAUGUUAGAUAUUUAUACUCCUGAUGGUCUCCAGCUCCUUCUAAACAAGAUACGCGUUUAG